AAGUAGCCAAAAUGACAUGAAUAUGAGUUCUAUUUUGAUUUUUGCAUUAGUAGUAGUAUGCAGCAUUGCAAUAUAAUCAGUAUCCACUUUUUAUCCGUUUUUAAUUUUAAAUUUACCAAAAUACUAUUCCAGAUUUUCAUUUUUCCAUUCCCAUUUGUCGAUCCCACUCUCGGUCUGAGACACCACAGAGAAAAAUGCUGGAACGGUUCUUAGGUCCGCGGCGGGCGUGGCGUGUCCGGCGACAUCUCCGUCAUUGUAAGUUAACGCUCCUCUGCCUCGUCCUCACCGUCGUCGUCCUCCGCGGAACCAUUGGCGCCGGAAAGUUCGGUACUCCAGAGCAGGACUUGAGGAACAUUCGAGACACAUUCAACCAUUACCGCAAGCGGACCGAGCCGCGCCGCUUUCUCGAAGAAUCCUCCGGACGCGUCUCGGCCACUAACAGUUACAAUGGAUUCGACGUGACUAGUGUUAUGGUCGACGAAGACGACGGCGAGGCGGAAUCGGGCCGUGAUCCGGCCGUUCCGUACAGUCUAGGGCCGAAGAUUAGCAAUUGGGACCGGCAGAGGGGUCUGUGGCUGAGGAGAAAUCGAGGUUUCCCCAAUUUCCACAGGCGCAAUAAACCUAGGGUUAUGUUGGUUACCGGGUCAUCCCCGAAACCCUGUGAGAAUCCGAUUGGGGAUCAUUACUUGUUAAAGGCGAUCAAGAACAAGAUUGAUUAUUGCAGGUUACAUGGGAUUGAGAUUUUCUACAAUUUGGCCCUGCUCGAUUCUGAAAUGUCCGGGUUUUGGGCAAAACUGCCAUUGAUUAGGAAGCUCAUGCUGUCCCACCCCGAGGUCGAGUUCUUCUGGUGGAUGGACAGUGAUGCCAUGUUCACAGACAUGGCAUUUGAGCUGCCAUGGGAGAAGUACAAAGAGUCCAAUCUGAUCAUCCACGGUUGGGAUCAUAUGGUGUAUGGAGACAGGAAUUGGAUCGGAUUGAACACCGGUAGCUUUCUGCUGAGAAAUUGCCAGUGGUCAUUAGACAUUCUUGAUGAACUGGCCCCUAUGGGACCUAAAGGGAAGGUCAGGGAGGAGGCAGGGAAGAUGCUGACCCAGGAGCUCAAGGGCAGACCGGUUUUCGAAGCUGAUGAUCAGUCUGCAAUGGUGUAUCUGCUGGUGACCCAGAAGGAAAAGUGGGCACCCAAGGUGUACCUGGAGAGCACCUUCUACUUGCACGGCUACUGGGGGAUUUUGGUGGACAAGUAUGAAGAUCUGAUGGAAACCUACCACCCUGGUUUCGGCGAUCAAAGGUGGCCUCUGGUGACACACUUUGUGGGUUGCAAGCCAUGUCUGAAGUUUGGGGACUAUCCAGUGGAGAGGUGCUUGAAGCAGAUGGACCGUGCGUUCAACUUUGGGGACAACCAGAUUCUGCAGAUGUAUGGGUUCAUCCACAAGGAUCUCUCAAGCAAGCGAGUGAAGAGGAUUCGCAACGAGUCUAACAAUCCUCUUGAAGUAAGAGACGAAUACGGGCUGCUUCACCCUUCGUUUAAAGCUGUCAAGGUAUAGGCACAAGAGAAAGAAUUUCUUAAAGUCAGGACGGGAUCCAUUUUGUCAUUGCAAAUUUCAAAUUACCAUCAAAUCCCUUCCCAAAACUCCAGUCUCCAAUUUCGAAAUCCCGCACAGCACUCAACCCUAACAAGGGAAAUCUUGCAUCCUUCCUCGCUCAGAUAUCAGACACUCGAGCUCCUUUCGGCUUAUAAUCCAUUGCAAAUCAUGGAUGGAGAUAGCUCAAAAGAAAGCACUGCCGAUAUGACUCAGUUUGUGCAAAGUCUUCUUCAACAAAUGCAAAGUAGGUUUCAGACAAUGUCAGACUCUAUCGUUCAAAAAAAUAUCCUUUUUUCUUUGACUUUUUGUACAUAUACCUUGUUGUAUAAGUCUUGCAUGCAUUCCAUCUGUUUUGUUUUACUUGAUGUUUUAGCCUUCUUAAAUACUUCAUAGUUUUUAUUUACUUGAUGUUUUAGAAGUACUUGCAGAGGAACCAGAGGAAGAGACAUUUGCUUUUAUUAUGAAGACAUAAAAAAUCUCCCAUUCUAGCGCUAUUAAUUUGAUACAUCUGAUAGAUACAAUAGGGGUCCCUUUGGUCAAAUUCAUAAAUCGGGUUCAGAUAUGAUAGAGUGAAAUUUAGUAUUUGGUUUGUAUUGAGGAAUAAAAGUAGGGUUUAGUUCUCAUCAGAAGAUGGAGGCCCGAUCGCUUUAGGUUGAAGCUCCAAUUGUCUUCUUCUUAGUGUUGCCAACAUAGUCUCCUUGCCACCUUUGGUUGUUACAAAAGUGACCAAAUAAGCAACACUGCAAUAAUAAGUUUGAUACCAGGGGGGGUGUGGGUCUAGGGAAUGGGUUUGAGGGGAGUUUGGAGGGCUUGGUAACAAAACUCAAGGUAUGAGUUUGCAAUUCCCAAAUCCAUACAUGAUAUUCAUCAUUACUAGGUGAACCAAACGGGGAUUUAAGAUUUUAUUUAAUACUCCCAGUUCUAUAAAAGACUUAAGACUAGGCCAAUAAGACUAACCUUUAUUAAAUUCUCCUCGACUCUUUUGCUAUAUCUUAAAGCAUCAAAUAAUGCAAAACAUGAGUAUUUCAUUGAGCAACUAUUCUUUGCAUUUCCCAUGCACACUAUCAUGAAUAUUUCUUCCAUUUGUGAGAAAAGAAAAAUAACAUUCAUGAAUGACUUUAAAAUCAUGUUUGGCUGGUUAUUUUGCAUUAUUUUAGUGGUUGGGAGAAAGGCAUCACGUUGAAUGUUGUCUCUUUUAUUGUAUAAUGCUCAAGACCACCUUGCAUUUUGCUUGAAAGUUUUGUCCUUGACAAUGUCGCACUUGACGAGAUGGGCGAGCGGAUUAAUGAAUUGGAGCAGAGCAUAAACGAGCUGAGGGGAGAAAUGGGCCAGGACGGAUCCCCAUCACCAUCACCUGCUUUGAAGACCAAAGAAGAGCCCAAUGCGACGAAUGAGUCGGAGUAGAUUUGUGCUAUCUUGAUAUGGUUCGUCAUGCAUUAGUUGUGUUCUGUAUGAUUUGAUUGGUACUAUUAUUAUUAUGAUUAUGAACUGGUUUUUAGCUAUUGGAGUAUUGAUCUCUCUAACAUUUUCUUUGAAACCUGUUUUCUGAGAGGAAAAAAAACCCUGAACUACCGACUAUCUUUCAUUUUUCUUGGUUUUGCUUGUAUUAUUCCUGACAUUAACUUAUUAGG